AAGAUAAUUGUCAUUCAACCCACCCAUUCUUCCUAUAUUCGCAGUGCGCUCGUGCCGUAGCGCGCAUGACGUCUUCACUCCUCCUGCAAGGACGCGCACCCAAAAACACACGCAGUGAUACACAUAUAGCGCUUUAUUUUCUUACUACAGAAUGUCUUAAACAUCUGCAGCCGGGAUCCAAACUCAUAAGAUAAUUGAUAAACAUGGAGAAAGGGAACCAAGGUUAUUCUCAUUUUGAUCAAUUUCUCCAAAGUCAAGAAUCAUCUGUGGUGAACAAGUUCCAGCAGAAAUACUGGAAAACCAAACAAACACUGAUCAAAGUCACAGGAAAGAAGGAGGAUGAACAUGUCGUUGCUUCCGAUGCCGACUUGGAUGCUAAACUGGAGGUGUUUCAUUCAGUACAGAGAACAUGCAUGGAGCUCCUUAAGAUGAUUGAACAGUAUCAAAGGAGGAUCAGCUUUUUGUCUGAGGAGGAGAAUGAAUUGGGUCGGUUCCUGCGUUCGCAGGGCUCUCAAGACAAGAGUCGUGCUGGAAAAAUCAUGCAAGCUACUGGGAAAGCGCUCUGCUUCUCUUCACAGCAAAGAUUGGCGCUGCGAGGUCCACUGGGUCGCCUGUACCAGGAGGUGGAGACCUUCCGUUACCGAGCGAUCUCAGACACGUGGCUGACGGUGAACAGGAUGGAACAGUCACGGACAGAGUACAGAGGAGCUCUGCUCUGGAUGAAGGACGUUUCUCAGGAGCUUGACCCGGACACACACAAGCAGAUGGAGAAGUUCCGUAAGGUUCAAACUCAGGUGCGUCAUACCAAGACAAGUUUUGACAAACUGAAGAAUGAUGUGUGUCAGAAGGUUGAUCUGCUCGGAGCCAGUCGCUGUAAUCUGCUUUCACACGUCCUGACAACCUAUCAGACCACACUGCUACAUUUCUGGGAGAAAACCUCUCACACUAUGGCUGCUAUUCACGAGAGCUUUAAAGGCUGCCAGACACAUGAGGCUUCAGCACUGGGGGGUUCAGAUCAAGCUUCAAAGAAAAAGGUGAAGAAGAAAAUGAAGGCAAAAGCAGAAGACGAGGAGACGAGUCAGAAUAGAGAUGAAACGCUUAUUUCAAUUGAAGAAGAGACUCUGAGCAGUAACUCCAUACAAACAGGAAAUGAUGAGUGUUUCUCUGGCGGUCAGGAGAAGGAUGGCUUGAGUUUGUUGGAUGAGAUUCUGGGCAGCAGUUCUCUGGAGGACAGGGGUUUCUCGCAGGAAUGGCGUGAGGUGUUUGGGGAGGAUGAACCGGCCGGCAGCAGCAGACCAGAGACCCAGCCGCCUGAGGAGGAGCCCGCCUUCUUUCUGCCUUCCAAACUGCUCGACCAGAACAUGAACGACCUACAGUCCACAGUCUCAGGUUGGGCAACAGCCAUUCCACAGAAUAUCCCUGAACGCUCAUCUGUAGCGAGUCAAAUCUCUUCCAAAUCUGCAGUGAAAGAUACCUCAAAAGAUCUCUCUGCUUGGUUCAAUCUGUUUGCCGAUCUGGAUCCGCUGUCAAACCCGGAUGCAAUCGGCCGAACCAGUGAGGAGCAUGAGCUAAUGAACGCUUGAUCUGCCCUGUAACAGAUGCACUUUAUCGCUCUUGUCGCACAAACGGCAGUGAUCUGGACAGAUAUCAACAGUGAUUUCUUUAUGCCAUAUCAGUUAACCUAUUAUUUAUUGAAGAAAUAUUUGCUGCCAAAGGAAAUUAAUAAUAAUCACUCUGGCCUUGAUUCCUUUUCUAUUGCUAGUAUUGUCAAGGCAGUUUGAUUUGCCAUAACAUCGAUUUUACAUAAAUGUAUACAUUAACAUUUCUCAACAGUAAGUAGUCUUGGUUUGUAUGUUGUGAUAUUGCAUGUUUUUUUAAAUCAUUAUUUAUUGUAGAUGUUCAGCCUUGAUCAGUUAAAGUAUUUUUUGCAAAUGUUGCAAAUUUCCUUAAACUGGAAAACUAUAGUUUAAAAAUGUGUUUAGUCUUACUUUUGUGCUGACCACUAAAACUAAUGCUGCAUUUCAAAAGCCUUAAAUAUGAGAUCAGUCCUUGAAUUCAUUUAUUUUAAUGGAAGUCGUACUGUAUAUUAUCUUAUGGAAACUAUAGCUGAUGUGAAAGCAGCUGUUACAAGGUGUAUAUAUUUUUAAGAUGUAUGGUUAAGUUAGAGAAUGCAGCUUUAACCACUCACUUUUUACAGUCUUGGUUCUGGAAGUUAUCUUUCUGGAAGUAUUUUGCCCCCUAAAAGUGUAUAUAAUAAAGACCUCAACAUUCAUGGUAGGUCUGUUUUGAGAGAUUUAAACAUAAUGAGAGUUUUUUUUUUUUUUCUUCCAGAACCUGACUAUUGUACUCUAUUUUUGUCAGGAAUGGCAAUCAAACGUUGGUAAAAAGCUUGGUCCUAUGAAGCAUUUAUGUAUAUGUUGGUUAAUUGUAUUUGUGCCGUUUAUGUGUUUGUGCCUGAAAACUGGGUCCCAUGUACUACAAAUAUCCUCAAGCAUUUUAAAUAUGAUUACCUGGGUAUUCCCUUUCACUACACAUUGUUAACCUGCAAACAUGUAAGUGCAAUAAAAUGUAAUAAAAAUGCAUUUUUGUAAAUGUGAAUCUACAUAUCACUUAAUACCCAGUGGGACCAAAUGGCCUUACUGAAGUCAGUUCUAAGAAAAAUAAAUGCGUCAUAAAUCAUAAACUGCUACACCAAAUAAUGCCAUAUAAUUUUCAAUAUUUUGUGCUGUAUUAUUGUUUACAUUUUUACCAUUAAUAUGUAACUGGAUGGCAUGAAAUUAAUUAAUAAAAGAUGUGUAAUUUGAA